AUGAAGUUCUCACAUUGUAUCUCGCUCGCUUCUUUAGCAGCAUCAGCUAUAUCAACACCCAUUCUCAAACGUGAAAUUAAUUCCACAGCUUUAGAAGAAGAUGUUCCCGACACUUCCAACAACAACAUCCAAACAGCUUAUGGAAAACCUUUUGCGGUAUACCAACCAAAAGCAUUUAUCAUUUCUAUGUUUGAACUUGAAAGAGAUCCAUGGUUGAAAGCAAUGGAUUUUGUUCAUAACAUUACAGUCCCAGGAUUGUCACCAGUGUACCCAACAAUUCACUGUACCACCAACUACACCAUAUGUCAAGUCACCACUGGAGAAGGAGAAAUCAAUGCUGCCAGUUCUGUGACUGCUCUAACUUUGAAUCCAUUGUUUGAUUUAACCAAGACGUAUUUCUUAGUUGCUGGUAUUGCUGGUGGUGAACCAGAAUAUACAACUUUGGGUGGUGUUACAUUUGCGAAAUAUGCCGUUCAGGUCGGUUUGGAAUAUCAGCUCGCUUAUGAAGAUUAUCACGAGACAAACUCCAACUGGACUUCUGGGUAUGUUCCAUAUGGUGCCACGUCCCCACUUGAGUAUCCAGGAAAUGUUUAUGGAACUGAAGUAUUUGAAAUCAAUGCUAAUUUGAGAGAUAGAGCAGUUGCAUUAGCUUCUAACGCUACUUUAAACAAUGGAAAUGCAUUGAAUAAGAAGUUUAGAAAAUUGUAUAAUGAGACUGCUGCUCGCGGUGAUGCCAAAGUCGUCAAGUGUGAUGUGUUAACCAGUGACAACUACUUCACUGGUAAAGUGUUGAAUGAUUAUUUUGGCAACUUGACUAAAUUAUUGACCAAUGGUUCAGCUACUUAUUGCUCAACUGCUCAAGAAGAUAAUGCUACAUUGGAAGUAUUGACCAGACUAGACAAAUACGGAUUAUUAGACUUUGAGAGAGUCAUGGUGAUGAGAACAAUUUCAGAUUUCUCAAGACCACCAGCAUCUAUGAGUGCUUAUGAAUACUUUUUCAACAGAACCGAUGGUGGUAUCCAAGCAAGUUUGGAUAACUUGGUCAUUGCUGGUACUCCAAUCUUGCAUGAUAUCUUACACAAUUGGGAAACUGUUUACGAAAAAGGUCACAAAUAUGCAGCAAAGAAUUAUCAAGGUGAUAUAUAUGGCACUUUGGGUGGCACACCCGAUUUUGGUAAAUCCUCGUUUGAAGUUGCGUAA